CGCCGAAACGAUAUCAAGAGCCCCGUGCAGAAUCGCACUUCUCUCGUUCGUGCGGCAGGGGGCUUUCUAAGCUCGAGUCCUUUCUUUUUUUGCCCAUUGAUUUUUGCUUAUACUCUUUUCUAUUGCGCCCUUCAGUUUUUGUCUUGCUUGCAGGGGUUUUCGCAUCCCUGAUUCCCCUGCCGCCACCAUGGCGGCUUCAAUCUCCGGCAAUCGAGAUCUCCCUCCUUCUAGACAUGAUCUGAGGACAUACUGGGGUAGAGUUAAACAGGCUGCAGAAAUUUCGGACCCUAGGACGUUAUUUGUCUCUUCCGCUGGCCUGGAGAAGGCUAAAAACCUCAUUGCCUCAUAUAAAAGUGGCCAUGUCCCGUCAAUGACACCGGAGCUAUGGCGGGCGAAACGAAUUGUCGAUUCGACUUUGCACCCUGAUACUGGUCAACCAGUCUUUCUCCCUUUUCGCAUGUCGUGCUUCGUCCUGUCCAAUCUAAUCGUGACUGCAGGAAUGCUUACUCCCGGCCUCGGUACAAGGGGUAUAGUUCUCUGGCAGGUUGCCAACCAAUCUUUAAACGUAGCCAUCAACAACGCGAACGCAAAUAAGUCAACCCCGCUCUCCUACUCCGCCAUGGCGAAAUCAUACCUCAUGGCCGUCUCCGCCUCGUGCUCAGUCGCCCUGGGCCUAAAUGCCGUAGUGCCCCGCUUAAAACGGGUGUCGCCCAACACAAAAUUGAUCCUCGGUCGCCUCGUGCCCUUCGCGGCCGUCGCCACCGCCGGCGCCCUGAACGUAUUCCUAAUGCGCGGCGAGGAAAUCCGCAAGGGAAUCGACAUCUACCCCGUCCUCUCCGACGAAGAGAAGGCGAAACGAGAAGCGGACGGAGACGUGGAGGUGCAAAGUCUAGGGAAAAGCAAGAAGGCCGCUACGUUAGCGGUAGGGGAAACGGCGAUUAGUCGAGUGCUCAAUGCGACUCCGGUCAUGGCUAUUCCCCCCUUGAUUCUCGUACGACUGCAGGCGAAGCAUUGGCUCAAGGCGCGGCCUCGGCUUGUGAUGCCUAUCAACCUAGGCUUGAUUCUAACGACCUCCCUCUGUGCACUUCCAUUCGCACUUGGUGCAUUCCCGCAACGACAAGCGGUUAGUGCUCGGUCCCUGGAAAAGGAGUUUUGGGGCCGCGGUGGGAAGGACGACGAAGUUGAAUUCAACAGGGGUAUAUGAUCUUCCUCUUCGACUAUCCCGAAAAAAAUUCCCUUUCGAUAUCACUGUUUGUUUUUAUGCCAUCUCGAUUUUAGAUUCUUUCUUCCUCUUCUCUUUUUCUGGUUACAUCCAGCUGGGCGUCUAGACGUGUGGGUUUCUUGAUAUUUUUCUUGCCUUUUUUUUUUUUUCCCGAACUGUAUAGUGGCAUAGAUGUUCAAUAUAGAUGUCUAGAUUUGACUGAUUCGGGUUAUAUAAAAUAUUGCUUCUUUCUCCCUUCAUUUUCCUGCUUCUCGAUAAACUUUUGGAUCUAUAUAUUCAUCUGCCCUAAUUACACUGUUACCAUCUUGUUAAACAGAGGCUGGCGACUAUAAAAAAAAAAACUUCCAUGUCUAUUUUAUCGCGCAGGGGAAACCACGCAACUCCUCCCGUGUACUCGUUCCAGCUGCUGGCUCUAGAAGGCAGGAAAGAGGACGGAAAAGGGACAAUCAAGCGCUCAAAGGGAUCGGAGAUAUGUGGUCUCUUCCACAGUUAUGGCAACGUCUGAACCCGAACUUCCCGCUUCGUUCACUCCAGCAGGAGCCUCCCAAAAAUAUUUGUCCUCCGUCAGAAUAACAGAACACCAAAAAGAAGCAAAAGAGAUUACUGUACUCAUAAGCCUCAUCCAUAGGCCACAAGAUACCUACAGGCUCCCGGCGGACUUGAUUUAAAUAUGUUAUCCUUUCCAGUCAUGAAGGAGUGAAUAUCUGUACAUGUUAGCUUCCUUUUAGUCGCGCAUUUUACAGGGGCGAGAGAGAGCACUGUGCAGGAAUACUGUGGUCAGGCAUUUUAAUAUGAAGAACUAUUAACUAAUGGGCGCUACGAGGGUAUAUUGGACGAUGUAUGAGUGUACAGUA